GCUUCUCCAGAGUGGAUUUAUAAAUGAGAAACCCUCCAGUUGUUCCCAAAGAGCACUCCAAUCAAGUACUGACUUCUCACGUCAGAUAACAGGUCAGUGCUCAGAGGACGCAGGAGACAUGCCUGAUGAUGCUGGUUUUCAUUAAAGCCAAUCCGGAAUUCUUUACCUGUUAGACAGGACUUAUAAUCUACAAUUUUACUUUGACUCAGCUGUUGCUCACAGCUGUUUUCUCUGUUAUUUAAAAAAAAAUCCAAUUUUUGAUCCUACCUGGCUCUACUGAGAUCUGCCUCCUACAGGAAGGUUUGCCCCUCUCUGCUGCCAUGACUGGCCUCCCUCUGGUGUGGCUGUGCUUGCUGCUCAGCCUCCUGCCUCUGGAGAUCCAGUCCCGGAGUCUGAGAGCUCACAGACACAGGUUAGGUGAACCCAGAAUCUGUAAAGCGUCUUACCCCAACUCCCCACCAGGUGUGUCUGAUCUUUCUGCUGCCAUCAGUAAUCCAAUCCCACAGGAAGAUACACAACACACUGGGAGGGCCCCACCGCACAGAGACCCAUCAUCAAAGUUGUCUGACAUGCUUCUUCAUGGAAACAAUAACGCGCUGCCGGUGGAACCGGUGUGGCAGCGGGGUUCACGGGGUCGUCGUCAUGCCAGCAGUGGAAGUUCAAGGGGCCAUGGUCAUCUGAUGAGGGUGGGGUGCGUUCUUGGCACCUGUCAGGUGCAGAACCUCAGUCACCGACUCUACCAGCUAAUUGGACAGAACGGCAGGGAGGACUUCUCCCCCAUCAACCCCCGCAGCCCCCACAGCUACGGCUAGCAUCACAUCUCCAAUCAGAGGCGUACUGGAGCAUUCAACCUUUCCAAAUCAUUCAUUUCCAUUGGACCACAAAUGGAAAACUUGACACCGAUGUUUACCCUAUCCAUUUUAGUUUUUUUAUAGUUGUAGCAGUAAUUUUCAAUGACUUUUUGAUAGCACUGUUCUCACUGAGGAAUU